AGAAACUUGCUUCCAUGACUGAUGGGAGGAUGAAAGGAUAUUUGGACCAGCAAGUGCCUUACACUUCUGCACAGAAACCAACAGGGAAUGGAACUAUGGACAGCAGAGCUGUGAUGGCUUCACGGAGGAAAUCCAUGGACCCAGGUGUGCCCCAUGUUCCAGAUUCAGAAGAUCUCUUCCUUGAUCUAAACCAGUUCCAGGAAACAUGGCUGACUGAAGCACAGGUUCCAGACAGUGACGAGCAAUUUGUGCCUGACUUCCAUUCAGAGAACUUAGCCCUUCACAGUCCUCCAGCUAAGAUAAAAAAGGAACCACAAAGCCCAUGUGUGGAUGCUUCCAGUUCCUGCAGACACAGACAGCCUUUUCAUUACCAACCCAGAGAGCAAUGCUUAUAUGCCAGGCAAGAUUCAAACAAUGUGAGCCACCACGGCCCAUUCCAGACAGCCCCUGGCCAGGCAUACUGUAUGGAACACAGUUCCUUGUACCAGCUGCAUGCUGAGGCCAGCCAGUCCUUCUCUGCACCUCAGGCCUUGGUAUCAGACAGUCCUUCCAUUUAUCAGCGCCCAUGGUCUGCCCCAUGUCUGCCGUAUCCCUCUCAGGGCUUCAAGCAGGAAUUCCAUGACCCCAUGUAUGAGCAAGUGAACACACUGGGAGAUGUAGACAGUUCCCGGUAUGCAACUGGCGUGGUGAUAAAACAGGAGCAGAUGGACUAUGCUUUUGACACAGAUGUGGCAAGCUGCCAUUCAAUGUAUAUGAAUGCAGAAGGAUUACCAAAUUGUUCCAGUUCUGAAGGCAUAUUAGGCUAUGGUUAUGGGAGGCAAAUGCGACCAUUUGCAGAAGAUGCUUGUGUUGUUCCUGAGAGGUUUGAAGGGGAUAUUAAGCAGGAAGGAAGUGGAUACCGUGAGGGUCCGCCGUAUCAACGGCGUGGAUCUCUGCAGCUUUGGCAGUUCCUGGUGACUUUGCUGGAUGAUCCAAGCAACUCCCAUUUUAUUGCCUGGACUGGUCGAGGGAUGGAAUUCAAACUCAUUGAACCAGAAGAGGUGGCACGACUUUGGGGCAUUCAGAAGAAUCGUCCAGCUAUGAACUAUGACAAGUUGAGUCGCUCUCUUCGCUACUAUUAUGAAAAAGGCAUUAUGCAAAAGGUGGCGGGUGAGCGUUACGUGUACAAGUUUGUCUGUGAGCCUGAAGUGCUGUUCUCCCUUGCUUUUCCUGACAAUCAGCGUCCAUCUCUGAAGGUUGAAUUGGAGUGGCAUAUCAGCGAGGAAGACACAGUGCCUCUGUCCCACUUGGAUGAAAAUGCUGCCUACCUACCAGAUCUGGGAGGUGUCCAGCCUUAUGGGAAAAGCUGCACAUACUAGACAACAGUAGAAUGGACAAAUCACAUAGGGGCGAGUUGUAUGUG